AUGGGUCUCUGCUCAGCGGCAUCGGCAGCCAUCGGUGGUGCAGUGCUAACGUUACAGGCUGGCAUGGUUAGCGCUGGCGUCGUUGCUAUACCAAUUUCACUUACAGCUCUGCUUGCAAUAUGGACUUAUGUGUACCUGAAGCCUAAAGUUCGUUCCUGCACCCAACAGCAUUCUCAGAAUCUGGACGAUAGAUGA